GUCUGCCGAGUCGGGAGCACGUCUGUACGCCGCGCUACAUUCAACCCACGAUCUUAAAUACGAUCGCACUAAAGCGAUUCACGAUAUUCAUCGCAAACUCUUCAAUCCUAUGUUAUUUAUGUGCCGCAUUUAGUGUUUCCGUUUAUCCGUAUUUGUGUUCUGUGUGUUUUGUUUUAUUUGAAAUCGAAGGUUUGCGUACCGGACGCAACUAUUGUGAUACAAUGUCCAUUCAACGGCCGUUAACUCGGUGAAGAUGCCUCUAAUAAACCAUAACUCCAUUUCAUGAGGGUAAAUUGAGCAGCAUGAUUUUAAAGAUAGGAGGGAAGCCUCCCGCAAAAGCACCGGCACCUGCUAAGGUGGAGAAGGAAGUGAAAAAGACGAAAUGCGAUGACAAAUGUCCAGGGGAUCCUUGGAUGUACUGUGUGGUGUUAUGGUGUGCGUGUGCCAUGAGCCUGAUAUCGAGCGGGUAUAGUCUGUACAAGCAGCAGGGUCUGCAGGAGAGGUUGGCAGUGCUGGAAGAGCAGCACUUUGCGUUAAGGAGUGCGGUGUUGGAGCCGCAGCAGCCGCUGGUGGAGAGGCUACGGCGGGAGGUGCUGGCGCGGCCGCCGCCGAACUGGAGGGCGAGGCGGAGCAUCAGGGAUUACGGACAAUGUGGAUGCCCAGCAGGUCCACCGGGGCCUCCUGGCAAGCGAGGAAAGAAGGGCAAGAAGGGCGACUCUGGCGAGGCAGGGCCGCCGGGAUUAACGGGAGCACCUGGAAAGAAUGGAUUCCCGGGGAGCAAGGGCGAGAAGGGAGAACGAGGCUUCAUGGGCCCCAUUGGGUUGGACGGGCCAAAAGGAGACCCGGGGCGGCCCGGGGACAAAGGGCAGAAGGGCGAGCACGGAAGCCCUGGGUUUGACGUCUUCUCUGCUAUUAAGGGGCUGCAAGCGGCCGGGCACAACGUCUCCGCCAACACCAUCAUACAGCUCAAGGGAGAACCCGGGGAGCCGGGACCACCAGGACCACCAGGUGGGGCGGGCCCCGAGGGCCUGCCGGGACACGACGGGCGCGCGGGGCCUGCGGGGCCUGCCGGGGCCCCCGGCGCGCCGGGCCCCCUCGGGCCGGCUGGACCCGCCGGACCACCGGGACCAAGCGGACCGCAGGGACCGAAGGGAGAUCGAGGAGACAAAGGAGAACGUGGUUUCACGACAACACUGAAGGGCGACGCUUUCCCCACCGGCAUCAUCGAGGGCCCUCCCGGCCCGCCUGGCCCGCCUGGGAAAAGCGGCGAAGCGGGCCCGCGCGGUCCGCCGGGACUUGAUGGACUCAACGGUGAGCCUGGCGUGCAAGGGCCUCCAGGAAAACCAGGCGAGAUAGGUCCAAAGGGCGAAAAGGGCGACUACGGUGACAUGGGCUCACCGGGUAUGCUGGGCGCACCAGGGUUGCCCGGACCUCCCGGAUAUCCAGGCCUCAAGGGCGACAAAGGAGACAAGGGAGACUCGAAGUACAGAAAGCUGAGAAGGCGGCAGGGAGACGGCACCGGCUACGAGCUGUACGGACAUGAAAUUAUGAUGGGCCCACCGGGGGCGCCGGGUCCGGCGGGGCUGCCGGGCGUCGCGGGCCCGCCUGGCAUCAAGGGCGACAAGGGCGAGCCGGGCGUGCGAGGCAAGACCGGGGACAGAGGGGAAAAAGGUGACGCGGGACCGAUGGGAUUGCCGGGUCCAGUUGGUCUACCAGGCGAGCCAGGCGAGCCAGGCCGGCCAGGCGACUUAGGCCCUAGAGGCCCGCCUGGACUCGACGGCAUGAAGGGCGCGCAGGGCGAGCCGGGCAGCAAGGGAGAACGCGGCGACCCGGGGCUACCGGGUACGGAUGGCAUUCCAGGACAAGAGGGCCCGAAGGGCGACAAAGGAUAUAAAGGAGAACCUGGUCCAGCUGGAAAGCGCGGGCGCAAAGGAGACAAAGGUGAUAAGGGCGAGCAAGGCGUGCCAGGACUGGAUGCGCCGUGCCCCCUCGGGCCCGACGGUCUACCGUUACCAGGAUGCGGAUGGCGGCCCGCUAAGGAGUCUGCGGCGGCGCUACCUCGGGAGCCAGGCGAAGAGGGGGCAGGAGGGGGAGGGCCGGGGGGCGUAGGGGAAGAGUCAGAGGAAGAUCCCGGGGAAGAGUACGAUGCGCGCGAGGAUGAGCUGGACGCGCCCCGGGAUUACGACGACUACACUGACAAUGCGCACCUCGCCUUGCACCAUGACUGAACCCUAUAACCACUCCCUCAUCAACCCUAUUUCAUCUGACAAUCGAUCUCCUGCUAGUGGCGUUGGGCGUACAUAUCUUCAUCAGCCGGGCUAGCACAUGAUUGGCGCGACAGUAUCUCGCGGCGAGAUAGACUACCCGUUCCUCUUGUUAACAUAGUUAGAAAAAGACGGGUAGUGUAUCUCGCCGCGAGAUACUGUCGCGCCGAUCAUGUGCUUGCCCUAUAGGUUACCCUUAUUUAUAAAGGAAAAAAUAAAAGUAUAGGUAACCUAUAGAUAGGUACUCUUAUUUUUUCUUCAUUUUGACGCCUCAUGUGAUUGUGUUAUCUCGUGUUGUUGUUUUUAGCCACUUACGAGUAAAAUGGUAUAAGUUCUGGGAAAUUGAAUGUAGGUAUAAAUUAAGCAAAUUGUGCGCAAAUUAUUAACUGUGGUCGGACUCAUUUUAUUUAGAUCAAUUGGAUUUAAUUUUAUGGUUAGGCUAAUACUGAUAACGUGGGUUGCGACUUUAACUAGCUGUGUGUGAGUGUAGCUCCUCCUACGCAUUGCUAGUUUAUAAAAUAAGAAAAGAUACCAACGUCAUUAAUGUAUCAUCUCGAGUGAUAACCUGAUGACGCGCUAUUGGGGAAAUUCAUGACGCAAUUGCAAAUAAAAUAUUUUUUAUAUAAAAGUUAUUCACAUUCGAUCCUUAUUUUUAGUAAAAUUAGCAACCAUUUUCUAUGCGAACUAAGAGUUCAAAAAUGUCUCUAAACGCUUUUUUCUUAAAUUAAAAUAUCUAUGCCGUUGCCGAUGAUUAGACUUUACUCUGCUUUAAAUAGAUUGAUUUAGGCUAUUGUUUGUUUGGCAUCUUCUGCUGCUGGUAUUACUAUAUAAGACGUAGUGCUACAUAAAACUUAUAUCGUUCAAAUAUUAAGUUCCUAUAAUUAUAUGAAAUCCGUAGUUAGUCAGUAUAAAAUAUUAACUUGUUCACAUACCUAUAGACAAAUCGCAGACGCGCACAUACAUAGCUAAGGAGAUUCUAGGACCCCUGUACUAUUUUCUAUUCCCAAAAUGCUUCCUCCUUGAAAAACGUGUCCAUCUCAUAUUUAACGUGUCUUCCAAAAUGUCUCCUUGUAAUAUCCCAUUAUGUCAUCUCCUUAUUUUCCGCUGGUCUUACGGUACGCUCCCCCCUCAUACUGCGGUACACAACCUCAUGUGGGUGCGACGGCGGCUUGACGUCGACAACGAUCUUCACCCUUGAAUGCGACCACAAGUCUGUUGGGAUCAGCAGAGGCCGUCGCGAUGCGACACGACUAGAUGCGACUCUUCGUGAAUCAAUAUGAAAUAAUUAUAUAUAUAUAACAUCUUGUUUGAAUGUAAUUCAUUUUUUUUUUGCGAAAUUCAGGUGCUGUGCUAUAACCGCGAAAAUCGAAGUUCGCAAAUUGCGGGCAUCUUUCUCUGUCACUCUAAUUACGCCUUCAUUGGAGUAAAAGAGAAAGAUCCCCGCAAUUUGCGAAUUUCGGUUUUCGCGGUAGCCCCUCUGCUUUUUUUUAUUUUACAUUUUUAUUCAGUCGACGGUUUAUUUCGCUUCAGAGGCUUUAGUAAUUAUAUUUUAACUUUUUUGGGAAGCAGGAGGGUCAAUUUUGUAUUCUUAUAUGUAUAUUGUUGAGUUUCUUUUUCAUAUCAAACAUAAGAUUGCACUAUGAUAUGGAAAUUGAGCCGCGAACACCAACAUACCAACAAAAUCUAAUGUAUAUAUGGACAUUUGUAACAUGUAUAUAUGUUAGCCAAUAAUCAACUGUCUCACUGUUUCCAUAAAAUGUCCGUAACAUACAUUUUACAUGACACACGUGUGAUAAAAUCUUUAAAUUCUCAUGCACGGAUCCGUGUCUAAGCACCGGAGGGGUUAGCCAACCUUUCUUGUACUGAAUGCCUAAAGAAUACUUAGUACCUAUAGCAGGCCGAGCUCAGCUUAACUGUAAGACCCUAAUGGCUGUCCGGGAUAAAAAUCGGUCUUUGUGAUCCGUGAACCCAAUUGGUUAGCCCAAGGUCCAUUAGGUAGGGUACGCAGUUUCAGUAGACGAAGGUGAUCAUUUGAUGUUUAUUAUUGAAACGACAAUGUGCAUAUUACGGCAGGUUAUUUUUAUAGGUACAUGACCUAAUACCUAAGGCUAGGUAUAACGUAAAAGUACGCUUCACCGAAUGCUUAAGACCUAGACUUACGUUUCUUUUUUUAAUUAGUUCUGGUAUUUGCAUACGAAUAUGUUCAAUACUAAAAUUGAAACUUAGAUAAAUUUGUCCUCAUUUAAACAUACUUAUACAUUACUGAAAUGAUUGGACGUGUAUUAAAAAUAUUUUUAAGUCAUUUCUUCCAGUGUCCUUGAUUGUACCAUUUACCGAACUAAGAAACGUGAUUUGCGCAUUAUACCGAAUAGGGAGGCCGCAUUACCGAACUAGGAAAUAAUUGUAUGAAAAUAUGGUGUUGCGUGGUGCCCAAACUUUAGUAGUUCAGUAUUAAAUCCCUAGUAUACUUCGUUUUUUAGCAUUAGAAAGGUAUCGCUUACCGAUCUUGACGUGUAUUUUUAUUGAAAAAUAAGUCAUCCCAAAUAGGUAGGUAUGCAACAAUUAUCAAACAUGUACGUAUGUAAAAAAAAAUGGCUUUUUUAUGCAUUUUGUCUCGUCCAUUUUCUAGGGAAGGUUAAAUUUUUUCGCGAAUUCGGGGUUGGUCCCAUAGUAAAAGUUGCUCAGUAUAAUCCAAUAACCUCCCUGGCAAUGGGAAUGCAGUUAUUUUUAGCCACCCUGUAUGGGAACCCCGGAAUUUCAUAACAAAAGUUUGAAGUUUCAAAGUCAUAAUCGCCCCACGACGACGAGACGGCGCAACGACGAGACGAAUCUAAAAAAAUUUUGGACGUCUAGGUUUGGACCAUCCUGUAUAAAAUAUUAUUGCUUUAUUAUUUUUAUUAUCAUAUUGAGUUUUUUUGUCCACAUUCCGAGACUAUUAUCAAGCGUCCAAUAAGUAUGUCUAAAUUUUGAGAAGCGCUGGCAUUGAAAUAAUGGUCACAAAAAAUAAACAUAUAAAUAUAGACCUACUCGUUAUCAUAAUAAGGAUGAUAUUCUAAUGAACGUCGAAUAAAAACAUGGUCAACGCAAACGUGAGUUCGGUAGCUGAGACCAUGGGUACAAUUCACCGAACAGCCGUUCGGUGAACGAAACAUGGAAAAUAUGUGGAACCUAUUUCGCGAACAGAUUUUGAAAAUAGUAUUUAAAUCGUAAUCAGUAUGGUAUAACUACAAAUUUAUCAAUUAAUUUAAUACUUGAAUCCAUUACAAAACCGUACAUGUAUAAAGUUCUUGCUAAUACGGACGUAAAAUAUCUAAAAUUAUUGUUUGAUAAUAGUCUUGCCAAAAACCUUAUUUUGAUGCCAAAAAGUCGUAAAACAUGAACAUUUCAAACGCAGUUUCACAAUAAUCUAUAUAGGUUCUAGGUAUAUUGUUGUUCGGCAACUGCUCAUAAAAUUACAAAUACAUUAAUUUAUUUGUGAUAUUAGGUAGUUAAUCUAAAUAGUUCGUAAUCAACCACUAGAAAAAUAAUUUCAAAAACAUACGCUUUCCCUGAUUCCGGACGCUGUUCGAUAAUACCUUCCAACCAAAUUGUCGGUGUACUCAUCACCGAACUCACAUUAAGCUUAAUUUCUGAUAAUAUGGCUGCACUAAAUUAAUUAAAUUUACUAAAAUACACAAACUAAUUAGGUAUUCACACUGUAAAACCAUACUUUGAAACACAGAAAUAAAUUUAAAAGAUUUUAUGACCUUAAGAAAUAUACGCAACUUCUUAACGAUUUCUUUAAGGUUGCCCAUACAAAGUGGCAAUCGGCAGCGACGACCUGUUUCGAUCAGUUGCCACGUCCCAACUGCGGCACAAAUUGGCCGACUCUGAGGCCUAAUGGAAGGGACAGGUAUUUAACUCGUGAAAAAAAAAUACGCAAAUAAAUAUCAGCUGUAAGUAAUCGACUUAUAGCCUAAAAUAGAAGAAAUUCGGUGAAACGGACGGAUUUAGAGCGUUCGGUGAAGCGUACUUUUACCUUACAAUGGGUAUUCAAAUAUACUGUAGAGGCUUUAGUAUUUUUUUCUAUUGUUGAUGAUGAUGAUGGUCAUGAUGAUAUAGUACAUUAUCAUUUUUGUAGGUAAAUGCAUACAUACAUUUAAUACCAUAUAACAUAUUAUAUCAUAAUAUUUUCCACAUAGCUUGGUUACGGUGACAGCGGUUAUCUCUCCAUAUAAUUUGUACAGAUGACAGCCGUCAUCCGUAUGUGCAAAAUACUAUAGUAUAAUAUUAAGUACUGAAUUUGAUGUGAAACAGCAAAAGUACAGUAGGUACUUAUGCGUUCGAAUCAAUAGGACUUUACGGCUGUUUGCAUCAUGUGUAGCCUGUUGAAGCUCUGGCUUGCUAAUGCCACAUGCCCUCAAUAGAUUUAUUGGAUUUCUACUCUCACUUAUCGGAAUUUACAUGUCAUCAUUAUUUUACUGCUUUAGCGUCAAAAUUUAGAGAUAUUUAGAAAUCUGUUAUACCUAUUUCACUUAAAUUAAAGAUAUAUGUUUUGUAUUUAUAUUUACUUAACAAAUUUUUAUAUGCAGUAACUACUCGUACUCUAGAAUUGUAGGACGAAAUAGUUCAUUGAGUAAUAUGAGCUAAAUACUAUGGCGGCUUUUUAAAUAAAGUGUUAAAGGCUUCGCAUUUUUACAAUGUAUUUUUUAUUGUUUUAUAAAAGAAUAUUACUGUGAA